UCUGAAUUAAGUAAACUACUUACGAAUAAUAGCAUAAUUGUAUUACUAACUUCAUAGACUUGUGAACAAUAAUCCUUUAGUACAAUUACAAAAUUAGAUGCCUACUACCUAAACACACUUAAAUUUCUAACUAUAAAGCAAUACCAGAUGUCUUCUAUCCACCUUUUGCAGUAUAAUUAGCUAAAAAUCCUUGCAAAAAGAUAGUUUAAAAAGCAUUCAGUAAGUAGUUUAAACAAAACUAACAAUUUAAGAUACACCAUUGAAGAGUUCUUUUAGUUCAAUAUAUGCAGUUUUCAUUUUUACAUGAUUCUAUUAUUUUUCAAGAGAAAGUGGGAGAGGAUGCAGUAUUUUGAUACCUUGUUUGAACCUAAUCUGCAGCAUUAUUGACCAACAGAUAUCUUAUUGCUCUUGUGUGGAGAAGGAGGCAUUUUUUUGGGGAGAAAAAUCAAGGUUUUAAGACUCCGGUCGUGUGUCGUGAUUUUAUUGAUAGAAGAAUGGAAUAGUAAAAAAAAAAACAAAACUAUAUAGUCUCAUUAUUUUAAUAUUUACUCUCAACUUCUAUUUUCACUAUCAAAUUCUUGAUAUAAACACUUUUAUGGAGUAUAUUACAAAAUUUGAGGGUUUGACUGGUGGAGUUGACAAAUUUACCUCCGGCGACAGGCCGCUCGGCCAUCGAACACUGCAUUCAUUCAUUCAGCUCAUGCCAAUGAAGGAACUCGCUCUCUGAGACUUCCAAUGAGCCAACCACUUCUACAAGAGUCUCUCAAGCCGCCUCAACCAUUACCUUGCAUACGCUUCUCAGAACCCCAAAACCCUCUAAUCGAUCACAGCUUCGAGCAGAACUAUAGAACCACGUGCACUCUCCUCCUCUCCCAAACCCGCUCGAGGCACCUUCCUAAAGGCCUGGCCUUGCAUGCCCACAUCAUCAAGUCUGGAAUCAAUGCAGUUCCGCUCGUCUGCCACCACCUCAUUAACUUCUACUCCAAGCUCCAGUGCCCAGUUGAGUCUACGAUCGUCUUUGGCAAAGCGCCGGUCAAGUCACCCACCACAUGGAGCUCCGUUAUCUCUUCGCUGGCCCAUAAUGAGUCCCCGUGCUUAGCUCUUCAGUAUUUUCGCGAAAUGAUACGUUCUGGUGUCAGACCCGACGAUCAUACUUUCCCGUGUGCUACGAAAUCUUCCGCCAUGCUUUCAGAUUAUCAUAUCGGGGGAAUGGUACAUUGCUUUUCUAUAAAGUCAGGGUUUGAUUCGGAUGUGUUUGUUGGGAGUUCUCUGGUGGACAUGUAUGCUAAGUGCGGGAAGAUAGAUAUAGCUCGGAAGGUGUUCGAUGAAAUGCCUGAGAGGAAUGUGGUUUCUUGGAGUGGGAUGAUAUGUGGGUAUGCUCUGAUAGGCGAGGAUGAUGAGGCUUUAAGGCUUUUCAAGGAAGCGUUAGCGGAAGAUUUGGAUGUCAAUGAUUUCACAUAUUCAAGUGUGAUUCGAGUAUGUGGUAGUUCCACUCUGCUUGAGUUAGGGAAGCAGAUACAUGGGUUGUGCUUGAAAACAAGCUAUGAUUCAUCGAGUUUUGUGGGAAGCUCGUUAAUAUCUUUGUACUCUAAGUGUGGACUUGUAGAAGGUGCUUAUCAAGUUUUUGAAGAGGUGCCGGUCAAGAAUUUGGGUAUGUGGAAUGCAAUGUCUAUAGCCUGUGCUCAACACGGGCACACCAAGAAGGUUUUUGACUUGUUCACACAGAUUGAAAGAGCUGGGCUGAAGCCAAAUUUUAUUACAUUUUUGUGCGUGCUCUAUGCUUGUAGCCAUGCAGGGCUAGAUCAAGAAGGGAAACACUAUUUUGGAUUGAUGAAAGAUUAUGGGAUUGAGCCAGGCGAUCAACAUUAUGCUUCGUUCGUGGAUUGCCUUGGCCGAGCUGGAAAGUUACAAGAGGCUUUAAAAGUUGUUGAAGAAAUGCCUAUGCAACCUACAGAAUCUGUUUGGGGAGCAUUAUUGACUGGCUGUCGCAUUCAUCGCAACAUUGAAUUGGCAGCUUAUGUGGCUGAUAGGGUUUUUGAGUUAGGUCCCGUGAGCCCAGGCCUACAUGUGCUAUUAUCCAAUACUUUUGCAGCUGCCGGUAGAUAUGAAGAUGCAGCCAAAGCUAGGAAGAUGCUGAGGGAACAAGGGGUGAGAAAGGAAACAGGGUUGAGUUGGGUCGAAGAGGGGAACAAGGUGCACACAUUUGCUACUGGUGAUAGGCACCAUGCGAAAUAUAAGGAGAUUUACCAAAAGUUGGACGAAUUAGGGGAUGAAAUGGAGAGAGCUGGUUAUGUUGCAGAUACAAAUUUUGUGUUGCAACAAGUGGGUGACCAAGAGAGGGGCGAGGCGAUCAGGUAUCACAGUGAAAGAAUAGCCAUUGCUUUUGCACUCAUCACAUUUCCACCCGAAAGGCCAAUUAGAGUUAUGAAAAACUUGCGUGUUUGUGGCGAUUGUCACAAUGCUAUAAAGUUUAUGUCCAAGUGCACAAGAAGAAUAAUCAUUGUGAGAGAUAAUAAUCGAUUUCAUCGAUUUGAGAAUGGCAAAUGCACGUGUGGCGACUAUUGGUGACUAUAGAAUUAAUACAGAUCGGAGGAG